AUGGUGCGCCGUUUAUUGUUUUUUCUCGCUUUGCUGUUGUGUGUUGAGUGUCUCUGUGUGGCAGCUGCAGAGGCUCAACCUGAACCUGAGAGUGUUUCCACUUGCCAAGACGGUGAAGGUAGUGGUAGUUGUGCUGCUGCUGGUGCUGCUCGACCUCCUCCACCACCUCCACCACCUCCACCUGCUGGUGUUAAAGCUUGUCCUCCAGACGAGAAUGGUCCUCCGUGUACUCCUGGCGGUGCUGGAUCUGACGCUGCUAAUGCUGAGUGUGUGAAACCUUCUGGGGAGGAUAGUUGCCCUACCGAUGAUGGUGACGCUCAAGAGAAUUGCGCUUCUGGUGGGUCUGGUUGUAAAAACCAAACACAAGAAGAGAAUCAUGCUAAACAAAAUGAAAAUCAUGGAAAUAAUGCUGGCGGUCGUCAAGGUCCCGAUAGUGAAGUUCAUCUUGAAAGUGACCGCGGUUCUGUUUCUGAUCCACAGCGUGGCGAUGGUGCUGAAGCACCUGCUGUUGUUACUCCUGCUGAAAAAGAGAUUCCGGAAACUCGUGAAACUCAAAGUGUAAACGGUUCACAAGAUGCUGGUUCUUCUCCCGCUGCGGGUACUGGCGGUGCUCCUGCCGCUGACGGUCAAACUGAAAGCAAUGUGGUCAGUUCAACCGAAGAAGGUGGAUCUAAACAGGGAGAUGAAACAUCACAAACUUCUCCUUCUUCCAACAAUUCGGCUACAGGGAGUGAUGUUGGUUCUGAUACUGCAACACCUGAGAAUGGCACUACACCUGCAGAGAGUGAAUCAUCAAAUAAACAUGAAGUUGCGGGAAAUGCAGACACAGAUACCACCUCAACAACAACAACAACACUUCCUCCUGAGAGUGCAAACAACAAGAAGGGUGAUGCAGACAGCAGCAGCAGUAUCAGCAGUUCUGUGUGGGUGCGUGUACCACUACUGAUUGUGGUUACACUGGCC